AUGCGAACGCAAUCGUGCAACCUGCAGCAGCAAAAGCAGAAGGAGGAGAAGGAGGAGGAGCCCUUGGUGGUCACCGAGGAGGAAAUGGCCGAGAUCCUGACGCCUAGGCCCACUGAGCCGGUGGAGGAGAAGAAGAAGACGAAGAAGAAGAACCAGCGCCAGCGGAAGGCGCUCCGCAGGCAGCACGAGCAGGUCACUGGUGCAAUGGCGAGCAAACGCGAACGCAAUCGUGCAACCUGCGUACCUGACGCCAGGCCAGCCCCGCGAGUCUCCGCUAAGACCAAGGCGCUCGCCAUUCCCACGAUGGCGUCUUUUGAUCAGCUGACGCACAAGCUGGAGACGCUCUCCCUCGAGCAGCGCGACGAGUCGCCACAGACCGUGGCCAAGGAGGCCGCUGCGCCGUCAUGCCGUUGGGCGCCUUCACCUUCAGCGACAUCAGGCAGCGCAAGACCGAGCGCAAGGCGCAGCGGGCGGCAGAGCGCCGCAGCAGCAGCAAAAGCAAGAAGGAGGAGAAGGAGGAGGAAGCCCUUGGUGGUCACCGAGGAGGAAAUGGCCGAGAUCCUGACGCCUAGGCCCACUGAGCCGAUAAACAACUCCCUCAGAUCCGUCGGCAGAGCCACCUAUCGGCGAGUUUCCGCACUUCAAGAAAAAGAAGAAGGCGAUGAGAAGAAGAAGCAAGUGCAACAACAGGCGACAAUUCUUACCUUUUCUACCGAUUUCUACUAUGCUUGCAGUCAUUGUCGGGUUUUUAGAUCAGGUGGCAUGAUGCCAAGCAGCGAAGAGCGAUGGCGCAAUGGAACAACUGCAGCUCAGGGUGCCCUGGGUCACUUGUUGGAGCGUAUCAACAAUGAUUUUACACCACAGCAUGACUCCCAGCACUACCAGCCAGGAUUUGUACCUUCUGCCUCCCCACCCUGGACGACAGCUGGGCAGUCCCCCCUUACCAGCUUAGGCUCGCAGAUGUCCCCAUUGCCACCCGCACAUGCCAACCUGGGCUCACAGGUCCCCCCUAUGCAAAUCCCUCAUAGCAAUAUGGGGCCACAGAUGCCCCCCCUGCAGCCACCGACCACUAGUGCCCCAGGUGGUAUGCCCUUGGGCUCACAGCUCAGUGGUUCGGCCUCUAGGAGCUAUUCGGUCAGCCAGGACCUCUUCUCAGAGCUUGGGGGAGGACGUAGCCCUCUCCUGAGGUCGUCCUCAGACCUUGGCCUCCGUGUGAAACACUACCAGGCUGCACAGGGUGUGCAUUACAGCGAUGGCAGGAUGGAUGGUUUUAUGGACUCAAGUAUGGAUUCCAUUGACAGCAUGUUGGUGGGUGGCCAUGAAUCGCCCUUCUUCCCUGAAGUACAGAGGGGUCCCUCGUCAGGCAACUCAGGGACCCCUCCUCCUCCAACCCUUCAAGGUGACCCACAAAAUCUACAGUCCUCCUACAACCAAUCAGUUGGCUUCUAUCCCAGUGAACAUGACCGCAUGAUGGAUGAGGGCAGCGUCAAUAACAUCACAGCAAAGCUCUCCAAUUUCACGGCCUCCCUGGGUAGCUGGUUUGGGCCUUUUGAUCCCUUCCGCAGCAACUUGACAUCUGACCAGAACAAGGGACCUGUAGUGUCACAGGCUUCUCCUGUGGCUGUAAGCCGGAGCCCGGUCCAGGUGACAAAUGAUGUUCCCAUGGCUUCUCAAUGCAGCAACAGUAGUAGCAGUGGCAGCAGUGGCAAGAGAAACUCUAAUGUAACAGCAUCUCAACCUGCACGAACCAACAAGCCAUCUUACUCGGAUGUCCUGAGUAAGAAUACAGUGCAGGAGGGAAAGCAGAGUGGCUCUGGGACAGGGGCAAGCAGUGGCAACAGUGUUGCAAACAGCAGCAGUGGAAGUAGUGGUGUCAGCAGUUACCCUCAGUCACCUUCCCCGAUCCCUGCCAAUCAGCCACCUCAGUCCCCUUCACCUGGUCCAAUAACAACCCGUCCAGACCUACAGAAUCACAACCAGCAUGGCAGCAGCGCUAAGUCAAAGCAGAGGAACUCCAACAGUGGGAGCAGCAGUGGCAAUAAUGGUGGGAGUGGUGGCCACAGCAGCAGGUUCCUUAGCAAGGGUGACACCCACAUUUCAUCCUCAAGAGUGGGACUAGAUGACUUUGACCUGAGUGACAUAGGACUAAGCAAUGGCCGCAUCAGUGCCUAUGAGCACUAUGAUUGGGGGGAGGGAAUGGACACGCUCAUAGGAAAUGGAUCCAUGUCAUACAGAUUGCCGGCAAGUAGUCCCACACACCAAUCAAAAAAAUCAAGCUCUAAGGACACCAAGAAGAACACACCAGAGAAGACUAGCAGCAGCACUCACCACGAGGGCAACACGGCACGUGGGAAUGACCAGUUAAAUAACAAGGUCAACUCCAAUCAGCAAAAGCAACCUCCAAGACGAACGUCAUACAUCAAUAAUAACCUGAAUGCAAGCACCUCAACAACGGCCCCCCCUGCUUCGCCAACCAACAGCAGUAGUCAUCAUGCUGAGAGCAGUCCUGCAAGUAGUGUCAAUGCCUGUGAGAGUAGCACGGCCAACAACAACAAUAAUGACAUCACUCGUAGUGACAGCAAUAAGACCAAGAGUACGCAGAUGAGCAAAGAAGAGAAAAAAUUUGAGCACAGUGCUAGCAAUAGCAGUAACAGCAACAAUAGCAAUAGCAAUAGCAGCAGCAACGGAGGCCGGGCAGCAAGUAGAAAACAGGUGCCGAAUAAUCACGAGAGAUUUGAGAGAAAUCGGGAAAACCAGUCGAAAAGGGGAACCCAGAGGAGGCGAAAAGGAACAUCAUUUACGCAUUCAGAACUGGUGGUAGCGAGCUGGGCUGUAGUGGUGCAGUGGGUGGGGCUGGCACUGCAGGCAGUCCUAUGGCUGGGCACCCUCUCUGCUGAUGUCAUGGUCAUGAGCUCCCGCCUCUCACUCCACCUCAUGACAGUAGUCUGGGCCAGGCUCAAGGAAACAUGGGCCUGGCUCAUGCUUAACGGCCGAUACUACUGGACUAAGUGGACCAAUGUCUUCUGGAACUCGGAUAAGGAACAUAUAAAAAUGUCAGGAAAGGAAAACAAAGUCUCAAAUGGCCUCGAAUGCAAUAUCUCUUUGCCAACGACUGGGGAGGAGGCCAUGAAGCGACUCUUGGCAUGUAAGGGGAAAGACCCAUACAACAUCCUUGGGGUGACGCAAGACUGCACGGACGAGGAUAUCAAGAAGUACUAUAAACGGCAAGCGUUUCUGGUGCACCCAGACAAGAACAAGCAACCAGGAGCAGAGGAAGCCUUCAAAAUUCUGGCACAUGCCUUUGAAAUUAUAGGAGAGCCGGAUCGCCGACGAGAAUAUAAUGCUAGUUUAGCAGAAGUUCAGUUAGAAGGUGCGUGGGGGGAGCUGGCAUCACUCUUAACGCGGCUCCAGGAGAAACUCGACGAAGCCGCAAACACCAUACGCUGCACCAACUGCAACAAGAGGCAUCGACGCACCAAGUUAACCAAGCCUAUUUAUGCGGCAAGACACUGUGCGGAAUGCCAGAUACACCAUGCUGCGAGGGAGGGUGACAUAUGGGCAGAAAGCACUAUGCUAGGUCUUCGAUGGAGGUACUUUGCGUGCAUGGAGGGAGCCGUGUAUGACAUCAGUGAAUGGGCGGCAUGUCAGAGUGAGAACCUGAAGCACCUCCAAGCAAACACCCACAGUGUCCAGUACCGGAUUGUAUCUGGGAAGAAAAAUCCCCCUUCGAAGCGGAACACCCCAGAGUUUCCGAGUGAUCCAGACCUGGAAGAAUUCUUCAACAACCUCUGUAAGGAGAAAUUUGGUAAGAACUACACUUCGAGCAGCAGCCAGUCUGGAGGCCAACAGAUGCCUGAUAUGCGUAAGAGGAAGGGCAAGAAAAAGAAGUGAAAAUAGCUCGGCCAAAAUAACAACGGUGCUUUUCAUAAACAGCAGCAGCGGUGUGGGAACUCUUGCGGAUUGUGAUGCCAUUGCUGGAGAAUCUUACUGUCUUUUUUGUUUUAAUUUUUGUGUUAAUGAAUUUUAUUGUUAUUGAAUUUUUUUUAAAAUGGUGAUUGAAUCUUGAUAAUAUCGAAUUUCGAAUCAAAUAUAUAGAUGCACAUUACAGUGACUUGUUAUAUUGCUGAUGUAUAUUUUGCAAUGAUUAAGGGCAAAUGCUAUUGUUGGCUGAUAAAGCAUGUAUACACAUAGGCUCUCAAAUACAAAAUUCUUCAAAUACCA